UCGGGAAGGGACCUGACGCUUCCUGGGAGUCCGCCUCAGCUCAGGGCCUGGGCUGAAGCUGGGAGAAGUGUCCUCGCGAGGGAGGCGACUCCAGCUAGAAGAGGGGCUAGACGGAGGCCAGAUGCUCCCCGGCGCCCCCUCACGCGGCUUGCGGGUCUCUCUCCUCCACCUCCCUCUCAGCGGAGGAAGUUUCUGCAGAUGAAGCGCAGGAAAUACGGCUUCAUCUACAAGACGCAUCUGUUUGGGCGGCCCACGGUGCGGGUGAUGGGCGCGGAUAACGUGCGGCGCAUCCUGCUGGGAGAGCACCGACUGGUGGCCGUGCAGUGGCCUGCGUCGGUGCGCACCAUCCUGGGCGCCGGCUGCCUCUCCAACCUGCACGAUUCCUCUCACAAGCAGCGGAAGAAGGUGAUUAUGCAGGCCUUCAACCGUGAGGCCCUCCAGUGCUAUGUGCCGGUGAUCGCCGAGGAGGUGGGCAGUUGUCUGGAGCAGUGGCUAAGCUGCGGCGAGCGGGGCCUCCUGGUGUACCCCGAGGUGAAGCGCCUCAUGUUCCGCAUCGCCAUGCGCAUCCUGCUGGGCUGCGAGCCCGGUUCGGCGGCCAGCGGCGGCGAGGAGGACGAGCAGCAGCUAGUGGAGGCCUUUGAGGAGAUGACCCGCAAUCUCUUCUCUCUCCCCAUCGACGUGCCCUUCAGCGGGCUGUACCGGGGCGUGAAGGCGAGGAACCUCAUUCACGCGCGCAUCGAGGAGAAUAUUCGCGCCAAGAUCCGCCGGCCUGGGGUCGAAGAGCCGCAAGGGGAUUGCAAGGACGCACUGCAGCUCCUGAUCGAGCAUUCCUGGGAGAGGGGAGAGCGGCUGGAUAUGCAGGCACUAAAGGAAUCUUCAACAGAGCUCCUCUUUGGUGGCCACGAAACUACAGCCAGUGCAGCCACCUCGCUCAUCGCUUACCUAGGACUCCACCCACACGUUCUCCACAAAGUCCGAGAGGAGAUAAAGAGUCAGGGCUUACUUUGCAAGAGCAAUCAAGGCAGCAAGUUAGACAUGGCAACGUUGGAGCAGCUUAAAUACACUGGGUGUGUUAUUAAGGAGACCCUUCGAUUGAAUCCCCCAGUUCCAGGAGGGUUUCGGGUUGCUCUGAAGACUUUUGAGUUAAACGGAUACCAGAUUCCCAAGGGCUGGAAUGUUAUUUACAGUAUCUGUGACACUCAUGAUGUGGCAGAUAACUUCACUAGCAAGGAGGAAUUCAACCCUGACCGCUUUAUACCGUCUCAUCCAGAGGACUCGUCCAGGUUCACCUUCAUUCCAUUUGGAGGAGGCCCUCGGAGCUGUGUAGGCAAAGAGUUUGCAAAAGUUCUUCUUAAGAUAUUUACAGUGGAGCUGGCCAGGCAUUGUGACUGGCAGCUUCUAAAUGGACCUCCUACAAUGAAAACCAGCCCCACCGUGUACCCUGUGGACAAUCUCCCCGCAAGAUUCACCCACUUUCGGGGAGAUAUCUGAUGGGUAUUUCAACUCUUGGACUUCUUUGAAGUGUACAUUUUUUUUAAUAGUGUCAUGUUGCCUUUAUUUAAUUUCUAAAUCUAUAGUAUAAUAUUUAUGUCUCUACUACAGCCCCAUGAUCUUUAAAUAUUAAAAUAAUGAAUUUGUAUGAUUUCCAAAUAAAGUAAAAUUAAAAAGUA